UUUCUAAUCCCACGAUGCAUAGCGUAAUGUCAAUGUGUUUUGAGUGAUACCGGCAACAUGAAGAACUUCAUUUACUUUUUUAUUUUUCAAUUAUUCAUUAGUUGUUUCGCGUUAGAAGAAAGUAAAGAUAAACCGAAAGGACCGAAAGUAACUGAUAUUGUAUAUUUUGAUAUUACGAUUGGUGGCGAACCUGCCGGCAGGAUUGAGAUUGGCUUAUUUGGUAAAACUGUACCAAAAACAGUGAAAAACUUUGUGGAGUUAAGCACAAAGCAUACAACAGAGGAAAGUAAAGAUGGUGGAUUGGUUGGCUACAAAGGAAGUAUAUUUCACAGAGUUAUUUCGGAUUUCAUGAUUCAAGGUGGAGAUUUCACUAAAGGAGAUGGAACAGGAGGUCGUAGUAUCUACGGAGAACGUUUUGCAGACGAAAAUUUUAAGCUGAAACAUUACGGAGCAGGAUGGCUUUCCAUGGCUAAUGCCGGAAAAGAUACAAAUGGUUCUCAGUUCUUUAUCACUACUAAAAAGACAUCUUGGUUGGAUGGAAGGCAUGUAGUAUUUGGAAAAGUCUUGAAAGGAAUGGAUGUCGUAAGAAAGAUCGAGUCUACAAAAACGGACGGACGAGACAAGCCCGUCAAAGAUGUCAUUAUUGCAGAUAGUGGUACCAUAGCAGUAGAGAAACCAUUUUCUGUUGCUAAAGCGGAUGCAACAGAAUAAAAUAAAAAAUUAGUAGAGUGCCUAAAUGGUAAACAGUUUCAUUUGUGAUUCCACUGCAUUUAACAAUUCUGGUGAUUUCCUAUGGUGAAGUAUUGAUUUAAGAAUACAAAUUCCAUACAAUAGUUCUUAAUUGUCACAAUUUAUUAUAUGUUAAACAGCUCUGUAGUGGAAUAUACAUUUUUUUUAAAUCUUUUUGUUUUUUGUCUAAAAAAAAGUACAGUAUAUAUGUGAAUUAGAAACUUUUUGAUAUACAAAUCAUUCCAUUGCUCAUACUGGAAAUAAACUUUGUUUUAAAAACAAUGA